AUGGAACGGUAUACGACGCUGGGGAUCGAGAGAUUGAGCUCGUACGUGCCGAUGUCCUCGAUGGCGACUGCCGAUGGUGCGUACCUUCCGAACUACCUGCCGAUGGAGAGUUCACUGUGCCACAGUAGCAGCUACAGUGCCUCGUCCGCUGGGACCAGCCCUUCGUUCUCCGGCGCAGAGCAUAGUAACAGCUACGGUCUGUCUUACACCGAUAUGACGUUCGAUGGUGAAUCGUUCGUACAGAUCGACUCGACUGCCCUUGGGUUGUUUAGCUCCACGGAUGGAGUUACCAUGUGCCCCGCCGAUAACCCGCAAGCCGUGAGCCACAUCGUGGAAAGUCCGGAAUACGGCAAGGACCUGCCAGAUGGGCGGAUAUGGAAGUCACCCGCGAUCGCCAGUGAAUCACGUCGUCUUUACAAGACGGGAAAAGCAUCCUGCGGCGCUAUGAAGAGGGACCAGCGUAAAAAGGACCCGGCGGUGCCACCGGCCAGCCCGACCGUGCUGAAGAAACGCCGCCUGGCGGCGAACGCACGCGAGCGCAAGCGCAUGAACAGCCUGAACGUGGCGUUUGAUCGGUUGCGAGAGAUCGUCCCAUCGCUCGGGCCCGACCACAAGCUGUCCAAGUUCGAAACGCUGCAGAUGGCGCAGACCUACAUCAACGCGCUGAGUGACCUGCUGGAGCGGGGUGCCGACGCCACGACGUACAGCCUUUUCAACAGCCUGGGGGACACGGCCACCAACGACACCAACAACAACAGUAGCAGCAACGACCACCUCACCGACAGCUCCUGCAGCCUGCUGAUGAGGGGCUCCGAAGACUCCUUGGACGACAGCUUUCUGGACAUUGGAUACGUUUAG